CCUUAGGUUUAUUUCAGACAUUUAUCUCCACAACCACAACUCGUACAGCUAGUUUGCCAAAUGGAAACAAAAAUGACCUACAGCUUUCCCGCAGCUGCUUUCAGAAAUCCGCAGCCCAACCAAACAUCACCUUAGGCUACUUCCCUUCCACUGCAUCGGUGCGGUAUCAGCUGUGGGUAACGGGAACGAGUGGGGUGCACCAAAUCCUCAUUAAACUGGAAAAAAAAUCCACUCGAAAUGGCUACCCUAUCUAGCUAUGUACAAGCCCCCGCCACAGGCUCCAUAUCUUGGAGUAGUCGCUGAAGCAAAGAUAAGAACGAAGCCAAUUUGUACAAAAGUGACAAGUUGCAAUGGAGAAAGAAAAUCUGUUUACAUGCAAUGUGUACAUAAUGCAUGGUAUCCCCUCUGUAAACUAAUAUAAAACCGUUUAUAUCACUACCCUGGCUUUGGUUUUCUUACAAAUGCGUUUCUGAUGGCGGCAGUACAUUCCAGUAAUUUCCCUUGGCACGUGAAGAAAAGCGCAAAAAGUACCGACUCUGCUGUGCUCCCAGCCUUACCAGACCAAAGAGGUAUCUGAUCCGAAGUGUAUAGCCCAGCUCUGCUGCUCUGCCCUUUCUUUAUUUCAAAGAUAAAGGAAGAACCAGGUAGAGGGCGUUAAUUCAGUCUUUGUUUUCAAAAUCUAUAUACCAAAUCGCCCAUGGGCCGGGUGCCUUUUCUUUACCUGUGUGAUGUUUUGAAUGUAGCACAGAUGUCUAGGUCGUGUGUUUUCAACAAUGUCAGUCACCUGCACACGGGUCGGGAGUCCUUGUGUGAUGAAUAAUUUCAACAAUGUGGGACGUCUAUUUCUAUAUAUACUAAUGUCAGGCCGUAUAUCACAGGAACACCGGGUAUCUCUACACAAAAGCAAAACAUAGAUAACCACAUCGCUGGAGAAGUAUUUUGUAAGAAGAUGUUUUUUUUUUUGCGAAAAGGAUCAUAAUACGCUCUGUUCUGUUGUCUCUGUUAAGUGUAUGAUGUGCUCUCCGUUGACCGUGUUAUGCCUCUGUGCAGAUUCUUCCACAGGUAAAAUUGAGGUGAUUUUUUUUGAGGUGACAAAGACUUAAAAGUAGAAUGCUACAAAAGUGCAGCUCUGCUCUCCCCUUUCUUUAUUAAAACAAAAAGAAGAAGAAGGUAGGGGGACAAUCCCAUCUUUGUUCUUUAAUUAAUUAGCUCCAACCGCAAGCAAAGGGGAUGCUGUAGCAAAAGGCCAGCCAUGGACAGUCCAUGCAUACCACACUAGCAACACUUCACGUGCUUUGUUCUCCUUGAAGAAACAAUGCACUUUACUCCUUGUGCAACUACAUAAGGGGAGGAGUUGGCUGCAUAACCAGCACUCACACACUGCCCUACAUUCACAACCAGCCUUCUAUAACCAGAAGGGUAUGUAGAGUUGGCGCCUCUUGUUACUGGUGAUGGCGUCGACCACCAGGGAGGAACCUCAUGCCUCACAAAUUGUGGCAAGUGCUAGUCAAUUGGUGAACAUGGAAGCCAAGAUGGUCGUGGCCACAUGCCCUGACCAUUGCCAGCAGUUGAAGGAUAUGCUCACCAAAGAGGAUCCUUCGACCAUGGUAGUGGUGAUGGCCUCAGGCAACAAGACUUCCACACCGAAGCCUCCCUCGCCGGUCAUGGAUCCCCGGCUGCUAGCAGCGGCCUGCUCUGGCUCUUUCCAUGAUCUGGAAUCUCUUCUCAAUGGGGAAGACCGCCGUGGCACGAGCUACGGGGCCAUCAGAAGCUCGGCAAGGCAUCCAGCAUCGGGUGACGAAGAAUCAUUUCUCAGCGAGUCCCUCCUGGACACGCGCACCAUUGGAGGUGACACUGUUCUCCAUGCGAUCGCCACCCACAGUAAUGGCGAGGACUUCUUUAAUAAAGAUGGCCUCGUCAACAGGAAGGCCAAAAACCUCCUCUUCGUGCAGAACACCAGGGGAGAUACACCCCUGCACUGUGCUGCACGGGUGGGGAACGUCCAAAUGGUGUCUCGUCUCAUUGAUCUGGCUAGAGAAGAGGGUGGCAAUGCUAAUAGAGUGAAGGAUCUGCUGGAGACAGAAAACAAGAAGAAAUGGACAGCCUUGCAUGAGGCUGUCCGUAUUGGGAACAAUGAUAUCGUCAAGUUGUUCAUGCAGGAGGAUUCACAGUUGGCCAGUUUUCCGAAAGGUGGUGAGUCGCCGUUAUACCUAGCCAUCUUACUUGAAGAGAAAAUCAUCGCGGAAUCACUCUAUGAAAUGAGUGGCGACGACCUUUCAUACUCUGGACCAAAUGGACAAAAUGCAUUGCAUGCUGCGGUUCUCCGAGACAAAGGUCUUACAGAGAUGUUGUUAGGAUGGAACAAUGCCCUCACAAUACAGCAAGAUGAUAAUGGAAGUACACCUCUUCACUUAUGCAUAUCCGUCGUAGCUGGAUCUCGCCCCAUAUCUGCACAUAAGACCCGUAUGACACGACGAUCCACAAGUUUACUUUUGCUAAAAGCCAAUCCAGAUGCAUUGUACCUAGCGGAUAAUGACGGAUCAUUCCCCAUACAUGUGGCUGCAGCUGCAUUGGUCGAUGCAACAGAUGUCAUCAAGGGUUUUCUUAAGGAGUCACCCAGUUGCAUUGGUUUGUGUGAUGCUAGGGGAAGGACAUUUAUUCAUGUUCUGUUUGACAAAAAGCCAACAUGGCCAAUCGAUUAUACUUGCGGCAAACAGUUGCCAACAUGGAUUUUGAAUAUGCAAGACAAUGAUGGAAACACUGCCCUGCACCUAGCUGUCCAGUCUGGGAACCUUAGAAUGCUUUGUUCUCUGCUCAAUAAUGGAGACGUACACUUGAAUUUAACAAAUGAUGAAGGGGAGACUCCGCUAGAUAUAGCACGUCGCAAUCUUCCGAAAAGAUUUGUUUAUAAUCAGAGAACUGAAGAAAUAAUAGAUGUCGCACUCAGUUUUGCUGGUGCUAAAUGUGGUAUUAAUCGUCGGGGUUACCUUAAGGAAAAUGAUAUUGUCCAAGCAAGACAGGAUGAAAUAGAUACAAUGGAGAACGUGAAAGAGGGGACCCAAAGUCUAUGUAUUGGAUCAGUCAUAAUUGCAACCAUGACGUUUGGUGCAGCUUUCGCCAUGCCUGGAGGUUACAGAGCUGAUGAUCACACUAAUGGAGGCACACCAACACUUGCUGGAAGGUACACUUUUGAUGCAUUCAUCCUGGCCAAUGCACUUGCCUUCACUUUCUCGACGAUGGCCACGAUUUGCCUCAUGAUUUCUGGAUCUCCGUUGUAUAGUCUUAAUGUCCGGGCUAAUAAUUUAAGCAUGGCCUUCCAUUGCUUGUCAGUUUCGAUUACAAGCUUGGUAGCUGCCUUUGCACUUGGUACCUAUAUGCUGCUAGCUCCAGUUGCUCAUAAGACUGCCAUUGCAGUGUGUGCCAUGAGUUUUCUCAUAUAUCUCUAUCAGAAUGUUCAACUUGCAGAGAUUUGUAGUCUGCUGAUAGCACCAUGCUGUAGGAGAGUGAGGAUAGUGUGGACAUUCCCAGUGGCAGCAUUCACAUUCGUGGUCUGUAUUCUAUUUAACAUUAUUGGCCCAAAGUAGUCAUCUUUGUUUGACUGCAAUAAGCCACACCAGUCGUAAAGUUGAACCGGCGGUACAACCACCAACACCACUAGUUUGAAGAAGGCCAAGUGGACAUAUUUUACAUGGAUCAUUACCAUCUUUUGUAAGUGUGUCUGUUUUCACACUGUCAAUUGGAGAUUUCGGAUCUACCAUCUUCAGGAUUAUGUUUCGUGACAACUUUAAUGUCCUCCUGUGCUUAGACCUUUCUUUGUUCAAGAGUUAAUGUUUGUGUACCAGUAUAAACAAGGCUUAAUGUAUUUGUCUGCAACAGACUUUUGUAUUGAGUGGCUGAUAUUUAUGACUCGUCUAAGCUGAUUGAAGGAGCUACGUUUUCCCUUUUUUAUUAU